UGAAAACUCCCGCUCCACUCUCCAUAUAUAUACCACCUCUGUUUCUUUGCGAAAGAGCCGUUAGUAGAAAGAGAACACAAAAGAGCAUAGGGAGAGAGAGAGAGAAAGAGAGAAAUGGCGACCAACAUUGGAAUUAUGGAUGCGGCUUACUUCGUCGGCAGAUCUGAGAUUCUUUCUUGGAUCAACUCGACUCUGCAACUCAGUCUCUCCAAAGUCGAAGAGGCAUGUUCUGGCGCAGUUCACUGCCAGCUUCUCGAUGCGGCUCAUCCAGGGAUCGUGCCGAUGCACAAAGUCAAUUUCGAUGCCAAGAACGAGUAUGAGAUGAUUCAGAACUACAAGGUUCUUCAAGAUGUCUUCAACAAACUCAAAAUCACCAAGCACAUCGAAGUCAGCAAGCUCGUGAAAGGAAGGCCACUGGAUAACCUCGAGUUCAUGCAGUGGAUGAAAAGAUACUGUGAUUCUGUCAAUUCAGGACAGAACAUGUAUAAUGCUUUGGAGAGGAGAGAGGUUUGCAGAGGAGGAAGAGAAACGAGUAAGAAAUCUGCAAACUCCCAAGCCUCUACCAAGGGUUCUUCGUCGCAGAGACCUCAGUCUUCCCAUAAUUCUCGAAGAACCGAGGUUUCCAAUGCAAACCCUACAAAUCAGGCUGUUAAGGUCGCGAGAGCACCUAGUGCAGGUGGCCCUGCCUAUGAGGAAAAGAUAACGGAAUUGAAGUUGUCCAUCGAUAGUCUGGAGAAAGAACGGGACUUCUACUUUGCAAAACUGAGAGAUAUUGAGAUACUGUGCCAGACUCCUGAGAUAGAACACUCUCCGAUCGUUGGGGCGAUUCAGAAGAUAUUAUAUGCUGCAGAUGAUGAUGGGACGGCUGUGGCUGAAGCUCAAGCUAUGCUUUCUGUUGGUCACAAGGAAAUAGAGGGGUUGAGCCCAAUCGCUGAGGUUUCGGAAGAGAAAAGCAGUUCAGAAACUCACAAGAGAAAGAAUAUUGCCAAUAUUGAUUUUGAUGCUGCUGGCAUCGCAACGUUGUCUCCCAGACAGAGGCUUUCUGAUAUUUCGGAUGUUCACUGUAGUGGGUCACCUCUUAUGACUUGUUAAGGAAGGAGGGAGGCGUCCUUUAGUUGUUAAUCUCAAUUAGCAACCUGUUCAACUGUUUUGGUUAUGUUUCAUGUGUGAAAUUGACAGGGGAUAUUAUAUUGAUUAGGUGUUCUAGGAUAGUUGUGUUAUCAAGUUAUAACAUAUAUCAGCCUAGAAAAAUAUAGCCAGAUAUAUUUUGCCUUGUAGAUUUUUCUAUUGUCAUCAACAAAUUGUUGUUUCUGAUCCUAGUCAA